AUGCUUUGGGAAUUUGGACUUGUGCUGCUGUUCGUUCUCACGCCGCAGGCUGCUGGAAUUAAAGAGAGCGGCGUCGGGCCGGGCUCAGGGGUGAAAACAGAGGCCGUCGGCUCUGUGCGUUUGGCGGAGCUGCUGAAGACGUCAACGCGCACCAAAGGGUCAGGGUUUGAGCUCGGCAGACAUCGAUCCAGGAGGUCGGUGUUUUUACACUCCGGAGUGAGAAUCUGUCCACAAGAGACCAUCAAUGAGGUGCUGGCCAGCCACCAGGCUUACUACCAGCUCAGAGUUUGUCAGGAGGCCGUGUGGGAGGCGUUCAGGAUCUUCUUUGACAGGAUCCCCGGGACGGCGGAGUACCAGAGAUGGGUUCACACGUGUCAACACGAGUCGCUCUGCAUCUCUGACCUCGCCAAAAACUUCAGCAGCUCCGAGGAGCACAUGAGCAUGAUUCACAGGAGGAUGAGCCGUGUGAGAGACAGGAGGCCUCCAUCACGGGGAUCAGUGACUCCUGCACCGACACAGAAGAUCCCAGAGAUCGCAGGUGCAGAGGUCCAGACGCUCGCCUCAUCAGCAGCGCCGGCGAUUGUCACCAGCGCCGCCGACCUCCUCGGCCCUGUGAGCGCCUCUCCGAGCCCCGCCCUCGAUCAAACCCAGCCCGAGGAGGCGGUCGAAGAGGACUCAGAGUUUCCUAACGUGGUGCCUGAGAGUCCGGUGGAGCAGAUAGUGGAGUUCAGUAUCGAUCUGGUGGACCCGGGUUAUCGAGAGCUGCUGGACGACCCGGACUCUCCUCAGUACAUCGACCUGGCUCAUCACCUGCAGGACCAGAUGCAGCAUGUUUUUGACAAACUUCCAGGAUUUAAAGCCAUCCAUGUGCUGCGGAUCAGUGCAAGCGAGACCCUGGACACCGACGGGCCUGGAGGAAUCUCAGUGCACUACUCUCUCACCUUUGAGAUUAAUUCGCCUAAAAUCAACUCUGAGAAUCCAGAGUCGGAGCCCGGCACACCGGAGUCCUCACCUGACUCCGGCCUCAGGGAAAUGGUGACCAAGGCUUUACGUGAGGAGGCCUCGCUGCCCAUCGAUCUGGAGUCGCUGAACUUUGACCCAGGUAGGGCAGUUCUACCAGCACUGACCUCAACCUCUUCAGUCGAAGUAGUGGAUGAGUCCAGUGAACCUGACUCACACAACGAGUUUGAAGUUUUCACUGAUCAGCCGGGGGUCGAUAAACCGCGGCUGGUGGUUCCCCUCACGCCCAUGGAGAAGGAGAACGCCCUCGUGACCCUGCUGGAUCCCACGGCGGUCCCUGAUGAUGAGAUGACAGCAGUGACUGGUGGGACGGCGGAGAGCGUCGAUCAUCCCCCGGCCUCAGAGGACAUCGGUGAUGAGUCAGAUGCUAUUUAUGUGAGUGAGCCCGAGCCAUCAAGUGACGAACGGGAAGAAGAAGAAUUGCUGAUCAUUACACAUGAGAUUGAAACAAUUCAUCACAACGAAACCGGUGAACUGGUGAGAGACUACAUCCCAACCCCCCCUGUGAUUCUCGAGGAGGAGACAGACGCUCCAUAUAUCAGUUUGUCUCCUAACCUGAUAUCCGAGGAAGACCUGAUUCCUAUUGAUGAGGACAGCGAGACUCCUAGCUUGGACGUUGUGCAGCUUUUCCCCACCACACAGAUUUUGUUAACGACAGCUUCUGCCGGUGAGGAACCCUCUGACUUGGGACAACCAAUCACAACGCUCUCAGCCAUCACAGGCCAGCCGCCCACUGAGCCAGCACUGAGUCCUCAAGAAUAUGAAGAAGUCAAUGCUCUGCCAGGUGAGGAAGAGGCUGAUCUCGGUGGCCGUGAAACUUAUGACUCUGGUGAGGUGUCGGAGACAGAAGCACACGAUGUUUCUGAGGUGGAAACUGAAAUGGAACCACUCGAACCAAUGGGAGAGUUAGGAGUCAAAGCUGAUGAAGAAGUGCUCGAGGUUUUGCAGCCGACACCUGAACAAGCUUCGGAACCAGAGGAAGAAAAUGUGUCAGAACCAGAUGUAGAAGUAGCUGCUUCAGAGCCAGAGGAAGAGUCUGUGGUAGAAACUCAAGAAGAGGUGACAGUGUCAGAGCCAGAAGAAAUGGUAGUUGAGGUUCCAGGAACAGAGGAGACGGAGCUUGAAGUUUCAGAACAAGUUCCAGUUUUAAAGCCAGAAGAAUCCGAACCAGAUGCGGGACUGGACAGUACCACAACUGAGAUUUUGACAGAAGAAGGGGUGGAAAAAGGAGCUGAAGUUCUGCAACCAAAAGAGGAACUAGCUGAAGUUAAAGAAGAGGGUACAGUUGACUCGUCACAUCCGGCUUCAGAGCCAAAGAAAGAUGAGGUUGAGGUUACAGAACAACCUCCAGGACCGGAGAAAGAGUCGGGACUCGGUGGGGAUGUGGUUUCUGAGGAAACGGUACCUGAGGUUUCUGAGGAGACGCAGCCUGAGGAUUCAGAACCAGGAGCAGAAGAGGAAAAAGUAGCUGAUGCUGUGAAACCAGUAGUAGUAGAAGAGGAGGUCGCUGAGGUUCCAGCACCAGAGGAUGAAGCUGCAGAAGCAGAGGAGGAAGUGGUGGAGAUUUCAGAGGCAGAUGAAGAAGUUGUUGAAGCUCCAGCACCAGGUGAAGGUGUAGUUGACUCAGUGGAACCAGAAUCAGCGCCAGAUGUCACUGAAGUGACAGUAACAGGAGAUGUGGACAUUGAGACUGCAGAACCAGAAGAGGAGCAAGAAGGGGUUCCAGAACCGAGUGAAAGUGUGGUAGAGGUCGUAGGGCCGGCUCUACAACCAGAACCAGGGAAAGAAUCAGAUGAAAUACCAGAUGUACCUGAAAUCCUACAACCAGACGAGGAUGUAGUUGAGGAUGUGAAACAGGAAGAAGAAGUGGCUGUGGCUCCAGUACCAGAUGAUGAGUCAGCUGACAUUUCAGAGACACAGCUUCCUUCAGAAGUUGAAGAAGAGGCAGAACAAGAGGAGACGGUUGAGAAUCCAGAACCAGAGGAAGCAUCAGAACCAGAGGAAGGCACAGCUGAUGUUUUACCGCCAGGGGAAGAACUACCUGGGGUUUCAGAGCCAGAAUCAAAAGACACGGCAGUGGUUGAAAUCCUAGAAUCUGAAGGGGAGGGUGCUGAUGUCUCAGAACCAGAACCAGAGGAGGGGAUUGUUGACAUUUUAGAACCAGGACUUAAAGAAGAUGUUACAGAGCCACCAGCCGAAUCAAUUAAAAUCCUUCACCCGUUGGAUGGUAUGGAAGAUCUUCACUUUGGAGAGGAUACUGUUCAGAUUGUGGAAGAUAACGAGUUCCUUCCACCUGCUGGACCUGACUAUAAUCGCCCGCCAGAGGAAGAUAAUUUACCCAUCAUACCGAUAGACAUCCAUCCUUCUGUAGAAGACGCUGGAGAACCUGAUCAUGAGUAUCCUGUCAUCGAUGAUUUUUACAUCGAGAACGAUGUUGACAGUGUAGACGCUCAGGUGGAGAGUGACCUCAGAGCCGUCACGACGACCGAAGUGGCCAAGAGCGAUCUACAGUUUGAAACUACCUCUGUCGUCACAGAGAUGACAGCUCCAGACAGACGAGACACAACAGAGGACACUGAAGUCGCAGAGGACCUGCCGGAGGAGACGCAAGAAAGGGAUUCAUCCACAGAGAGAGACAUCAGCGUGACGGCGGCUUCGGUCUCAGACUUCCUCCCUACACCUCCGGCAACUUCUGUCGAUGUGUCUGAAGUGUCCUCACCCAGCCCGACGAUAGACUCUGGACUCUUUGAGGUAGCAGAGCAAUCUGUGAUCCCUUCUGCUCCUGGGUCCUCAGAGGAUGAUGGCGCAGAGCCGGCAUCGGUGUCGGAACAGAAUGAGCCAGCCGUCGUCAUUAUCGAUGAGGACUUAGAGGAGGCAGUGCAGAAAGGAAGCGAAAGCCAAACCAGCCCUCCGGCCGCUGCCGAAGACGUCAUCGAUGCGGCUGUGAAAGACUUGGCCGUGGAGCUGGACCAAACGGAUGUGGUAGCCACGGAAGCAAGCGAGCUGCCGGAUGAGGGGAGUGGCUUUGUGUCUGUGGGUGAGGAACACACCACUGUCGGCGUCACUGCGCCGCCUCCAGUGAGAUACCUGACCACGCCCUCCAUGACCACGGCCACCCACGGCCGGGAGCUGGUGGUGUUCUUCAGCCUGCGAGUCACCAACAUGGACUUCUCUGAGGACCUCUUCAACAAGACGUCGUCUGAGUACAGAUCCCUGGAGAACACCUUCUUAGACGUGCUGCUUCCGUUCCUGCAGGCCAACCUGACGGGCUUCAAGAAACUGGAGAUUCUCAACUUCAGGAAGGGCAGCGUGGUCGUCAACAGCAAGAUGAAGUUCACCAAGUCGGUGCCGUACAACAUCACCGAGGCCGUCCACUGCGUCCUGGAGCAGUUCUGCUCCGCCGCUGCCAAGAACCUGCACAUCCAGAUCGACACCCACUCUCUGGACAUCGAACCAGCCGAUCAGGCCGAUCCCUGCAAAUUCCUGGCUUGCGAUGAGUUUUCUCGCUGCGUGGUGAACGGCCGGACGAAGGAGGCUCAGUGUCUGUGUGAGCCGGGCUUCCUGUCUGUGGACGGCCUGCCCUGUCAGAGCCUGUGUGUCCUCCAGCCGGACUACUGCCAAGGAGGGGAGUGUCAUAUAGUUCCUGGACACGGAGCUGUGUGCAGGUAA